GCCCUUGAUGAGUUAGUGACGUCCCUUUUACCAAAAAAGAGUGCAUUUCAGGUACAACGUAUGCAAAAGACAGAAAGUGCAUAGAAUCAAAUUAUGUAUGGAUGAAGUCUAAUUACACCUUGUGUUGCAUCUCAGACUUUAAACUCGUAAAAGUGAAACAAUUUUUAAUUAUGUAACACAUCUGAAAACUACUGGAAUAGCGGAUACAAAGAAACGAAGUCGGUGAGUGAGCGUGCAAAGAGGCGGAGUGAAAGUGCAGACGUGGAAUAUAGCCUCGCAGCGACUGGAAAGCCUGAAAACCAGUCGUUAUGUGUAAGGGUGGUGUCUCUGGGCGAACCGUAAGGCAAGUUAGACCUUUGGGAAAGAUUUCCUCAAAGACCAAAAAAAAGCAUAAUUUUUUUGUAAAUUGUCUGUGAAACUCCUCUGCCGGGAAGAUAAGAUCAUUGUUCGGGUUUAUUUUGUAUAAACGAUUUUUAAAACGUUUCGUAAAUAUAUUGUGUAGUAUUGGUUCCUUUUAAACAUUGUUUACUAGUUGAUGUUAAUCUGAACGUUACUUGUGACGUUCAUUUUAACGGGGAAGUAAAACGGAGAAGUCCUCAUGCCCAGGUUGGAUGCGUUGACUUGAAUGCAGAAGAACUUCAGUCUCUGGACCACUGGCGAGGUACACUGAGGCACCAUGGGUAAUUUUAAGGGCCAUGCUUUACCGGGGACCUUCUUCCUGAUCGCGGGGCUGUGGUGGGCAGGGAAGUUUUCCCUCUGUUAUGCCCUCCGCAGGAGCAGGAGCAUGGGGCGCCUGGCCAGCAAGGUCACGCAGCGCCGUCUCGAGGUCUGUGAGGCCUCCGUCAUCCUGGCCUUCUCCGUGAUCGGCAUGCUGGCGGAGCAGUUUGUGUCCGACGGGCCCCAGCUGCAUCUCUAUGACUACACUGAGCACCACUGGGACCGCCUCAUGAACUGGCAGCACGCCACCAUGUACCUGUUCUUCGGCUUGGCGGCGGCCGGCUCGCUGGCUAUUCACUUGACGGAUGCUGCCCCCCUUGCAUUGGACCGGCUGCUGCUGGGCAUUGCAUUUUCCACAGAGGGCUUCCUCUUCUUCUACCAUCUCCACGGCCGCGCCAUGCUGGACGUCCACAUCCACCAGUUGCUGCUGUACGCCAUUGUGGGCGGGGCCUUCACCACCAUCUUGGAGGUGUUCCAUCGUGGGAACGUGGUGCUGGAGCUGCUCCGGGCGGCGCUCAGCGUGCUUCAGGGCAGCUGGUUCUGGCAGAUCGGCUUCGUGCUCUACCCACCCAGCGGCAGCGCCGACUGGGACCUGAAGGACCCCAACAACAUGAUGUUCAUCACCAUGUGCUACUGCUGGCACUUGGCCUGCGCCCUGCUCAUCGCCGCCGUGGUGUACGGCGUCAUGUCCUGGCUGGUGCGUUCAAGGAUCAGGAUGAUGCCCACCAUGGAAAUGGGCCUGCUGAAGAGCAGAGAGAGGGAGCAGGAGUCUGAGGACGAGAUGUAGCGUCUGCGCUAGCACAUGCACCCCGACAGACACCCCCGACAGACACCCCCGACAGACACCCCCGACAGACACCCCUGUCACGAUCAAGCAUUCCGCCUACAAAUUGGGAACCAACACAGUCACUCUCCUUAUUUCAAUACAGUGUGUUAUUCGUUGACAGACACGCCCCUCAGCUCAGGUCCUCACGCUGAUUACAUGAGGAAUAGGGCUUCCCCACCCCUAGUCUGUGACCAUACCCACUCCGUGUCCAGCAUCCAAGGGGGCUGUGGGAGGCUGAGAGUUUAUGGAGGCGCUGUUCAAUUUCCAGUAAUUGAGUAUAUAUUGUUCAUUUGGUACGACUCCUCACAUUCCUCACAUAAAUGAAUAUACUACUUAUGAAAUCGCCGAUGGAUCCAGCAGCAGCCCUAACCCCGCCCCCUGCGCCCCGUCAUUGCACGACGUAGACUGGUUCACGAACAUCGGAAAGUUGGGAUCCCAUAAGAUAGAACAAUGCUGGACUUCUAGAAUGCUGCCAAGCUAAACAUUCUGCUUCCUUUGGUUGUACUCUGGGAUGUUACCUAACCAUUGCCGAGCUAACAGGAGAUCAAACUGAAGCAUUCGUAUUAGAAUGAUAAAUCAGAAUAAGUUAAAUGGAGAAAACUUCCCCGAUGGCAUUGCUCAGAUUAGUUUACCGGUGAGUGUUUUCCUUACCUACCUGAAGGACGUACCACACUACAUUUCAUAUAGUUUGAAGCACCUGUUAUACUCUUGCUACAGUCUUUCUCUGUUCAGCGGACGAGAAAAAGAUAGCUCAUGAACUCGAACAUUGUCCACCCUGGUAUUGCAUUUCUUUUGAUAAAAUAUAAUUACUAUAAAAGCUUUCCUUUUCACAGACUGGAGACAUUUGUCAAUAUGAAGUUAUGCGGUCUUGUUAAUGAAAUUAUAUUUUAGCGCCAUCCUGUGGCAAAAGACUUUAAUUACAGCCAAACAUUUUUUUUCACGGUUGUAUUAUUACGUAUUUUAAAUUAAUAUCCAGGGAAUCUAGUACAGAUAAUUAAAGCUUUAUUUUAUCAUACGGAUUUAAGUGCAAUUUGGAAAUAACCUUGAAUUGCGUGAUAUCGUAUUUUAUUACGCGGCGUUUAUUUUUUUUGUAUUACAAAGAAUGUGAUUCCUUUUAGUAAUGUGUAAAUUAUCAACCUGCCUUGUAAAUCUGCUAUGAUUUAUUAAAUAUAAGGGUAAAAGGACACUUAAAUUAGCAAUUUUGACCUCGAUAUUAAUCGGGAAGUAUUCAGACGGUGUGUAUAAAUUAUUCCUGGAGUAUCAUCUGCAUUGUUUAUGUUGAUUUCAUUAUUAAAUGUAUGCAUUUAAUUUCCUCACGACUCUGCUGACAUUUGGGUAAAUUGCUGUUCAGCGAGUACUCGUCAGUAAACCAGUAAUUAUUUCUCUUCAGUUUUGAAGCGACUACAGGGAUACUUAAUAAUGCGCUUUUGAGUGUCAUUAUUUGUAAUGGUUGCCUGUUUUUUUUUUUUUAACAAUUCCUGUUUUAAUUAUUCUUUGGUGGCUAUUUAAAACGACAUUCUAUCUGACGACAGACUGUGCUCUCCUGCCAAUGUGCUAGCGGAAAAAUAAAAAAUUAUGAUAAUAAUUGGCAAUAAUAAUAUGUUCUUAUUAUUGUUUUCAUUAUUAUUAUUGGCUGUGAAGAUACCUCACAUUUCUAAGGGUUAUAAUCCCUAAGGGUAUAUAGGCUCUCCAUGUGUAAAUUGUAUGUCCUUCCCGACGCCCGCAUGUGGCCUUCUGCGGUAAAUUGUACCUACGAUAUCUACGUAUUACAUAGGAGACUACAUUAGUCUACAUUACGCGGACUAGAGUACAUUGAGACGAUUUUUUUU